AUGCCGAAAAAACCGCGUCCUCCCCCCAUGAGCAUCGACCUCGUGGACGAUGACAGCGGGAAGCAAGGGGAUCGCAGAUCAGGGAAACUGGCAAUGGACCUUGAGCCCGUUCGCCGCGCUCUCGAUGGCAUGGAAAUUGAUGCGCAGGAAAAGGCGUCCGUCGAGGCCUUUCUGAUCAAGAAAAGCCGCUUCGUGGAGUUUCAAAGCUUGGAGUUGAGUGACUUUGAGAAGAUCCGCGCACUCGGGCAUGGUCACGGCGGGUCCGUAUUCAAAGUACUACACAAACCGACACAACUCAUCCUGGCAGAGAAGACCAUCCGGCUUGAGGUGAAGAAGGAGGUGCGGGAGAGAAUAUUGCGGGAGCUGCGUGUGCUGCACCGGUGCUCGUCGCCGCAUAUUGUCGGCUUCUUCGGCUCCUUCUGGCACGAGGGCGAGAUCCACAUCCUCAUGGAGUACAUGGAUGGCGGGUCGCUGGAUGUGGUGCUGCGUCGUGUUGGACGCAUCCCCGAGAACGUCAUUGCUGUCAUCUGCUCAAAGGUGGUGGAAGGGCUGCUGUAUCUUCACAACGAAUUGAGCGUUAUGCACAGAGACAUCAAGCCGUCAAAUAUUCUCGUGAACUCGGAUGGUGCAGUGAAGUUGUGUGAUUUCGGGGUCAGCGGUGAGCUGCAAGGAUCGCUCGCAUAUUCGUUUGUUGGCACCAGGAGCUACAUGGCGCCCGAGCGCCUCAAGGGCCAAAAGUACACCGUCACCUCGGACGUGUGGAGUCUCGGUCUGUCGCUGAUUGAGCUUGCCACGGGCCACUUCCCGAUUCCGCCCGAGCGCGCGAAGGAGCUCGUGCCAAUCCGCGAACCGCCAGCCACCGUCGAAGACAUCCCGCCGCCACCACAGGAGGGCGGGAUGGUUGUGUUUGAGCUGCUGACGCGCAUCGUGGAGGGCGAGCCACCGCACCUGCCAGAUGGCGCAGGAUUCUCCCCCGAGUUCUGCAGCUUUGUCGAGGCAUGCACGCGUAAGGCACCCGAGGAGCGGCCAAAGCUGACCGACCUUGCGCAGCACCCGUUUAUCGCGGACAAGGCCAAGCUUGAGGCGGUCGACAUGGCGGCGUGGGUGAAGGGCACGAUGGUGCGGGCCGUGCUUGAGGAGCGGCUGGCAGAGCGCGAGCGGUUCACCCCGCUGCCGCCAACCAGCACAUGA